CGUCGUGCGCCGUUACCGAAUAGACGUGUGACUCGCGCCUCGCUUUAUUCGACGCAAACAUUUUUAUCGGACCGUUUUUUGCUCGUUGCGUUCUAAUUCGUUUCGUCGGCUCGGUGCUAACUAUAAAAUAAAAAGCUCCAUUCGCUUACGUUACAUAUUUCGAUUAUACGUCGUCGGUUUGUAAUCUUUUGUUACGGAGUGACGUAAAGCACGGUGUAGUGAUAACGGAAAGUGAUGUGAUUUGUGCUGUGUUUACAUUAUGAUGUGCGUGGUAGUGUAGGAGGCUGCAUCAUGGGGUAUGCGACUAACAGCACGGGGCGGGCGGCGCACGAGGCAUUACUGGCCCGACAGGAUGCCGAGUUGCGUCUGAUGGAGACUAUGAAGCGAAGUUUGCAGGCUAAAAUGAAAAGCGAUAGAGAGUAUGCUCUCGCGUUGUCCGCCGCAGCCGCACAAGGACAAAAGAUGGAUAAAUGCGAGGAACUGAACGGUUCAGUCAUAGCCUUGGCAUGGCGGACGAUGACCGAAGAGUGGGAGAACACCAGUCGUUUGAUAAAGGCUAAUGCUGAGGCUUUGGACUCCAAAGCCUUGGACCGGCUCAAUACACUCAUGACAGACAGGCGGAAGGCUCGCAAAGUGUAUCAGGAAGAUCAUAGUAAAAUUUCUUCGCAAUUCACACAGCUCUCAGAAGAGGUCCAGAGGAAACAGAGCGAGUAUCAGAAGUGCCUCGAGUCUUACAAACAGAUGAGGGCGAAAUUUGAGGAGAAUUACCUUAAAUGUCCGACCAGCCGAGGCGGUCGCAAAUUGGACGAGACCCGUGACAAGUACGGCAAAGCUUGUCGCAGACUGCACAGAGCUCACAAUGAAUAUGUGUUGUUACUGGCGGAGGCGACGGAGUGCGAACGAGCGCUACGCACUGCUGCUCUCCCUGCGCUGUUGGACCAGCAACGGCGGUUGGGAGAGGCUAUGGCUUCUUCGUGGAAAGGAAUUCUGGUGGAGGUGGCGCAGAGGUCGGAUUUCGGGACCGAGAAGUUUAAAGAAAUACAAAACAAGAUUGACUCAACCGUACAGAACUUGAGGCCGCAGGAAGAAUACAAAGAGUUUAUAGACAAGUACAGGUCACCGCCCUCAACCCCAGUUUCAUUUAACUUUGACGAAAGCUUAGUGGAAGAUACGAGCGGUAAGCUACAACCAAACCAAUUGACAGUCGACAAUUUAACUGUUGAGUGGCUCAAGGAGAAGUUAACGGAAUUGGAGACGUUAUUGCAAGACAAUCGGGAGAAACAGACGGCGCUACAGGGACCAGAGAUUAUAGGGAAUGGCGUUUGUAAAAAUAACAAUACUGGGAUGACAAAUGGAGUGAAUGGUAUCGAUAGGCACUCCCCACCCCCGAUCCCGGUGACGACGGCGGAGCCGGUGAAGCUCCUGGAGCUGCGCGUGUCGGAGCGCAAGUGCGCGCGGCAGGCGGAGAUGAUCCGCGCGGCGCUCGCCGAGCUCGGCUGCGAGGAGGCGCCCAGCGGCUGCCCCGACCUGUCCGCGGAGGCCGUGGGCGUCGACAGCCUGGACGGCAGCUCGCCCGACCACCAGGACCGAUCGUCACUUGGAUCGAAAGCAUCAAUAGACGCUUUCCGAUUGCACCUACACUCUAUCGUACCACCAAAGCCGUUCUUCAGAUUAUUUACGCGUCCUUUCCGACGCAAGUCAGUACCGUCCAGCCCCGCAUUACCACCAAAGACGUACAGAAGCAGCAGCGAGGGACCUUCCGACUCGGUGAGCGUCAGUGAGACGGAGCGAUCAUUGGUGGACCAAGAAUGGUUCCACGGAGUACUGCCCAGGGAGGAAGUGGUGCGAUUGUUGAGGGCCGAUGGAGAUUACUUAGUUCGAGAAACAACCAGGAACCACGCGAGACAACUCGUUUUGUCUGUCUGUUGGGGGCAACAUAAACAUUUUAUUGUGCAGACCACACCAGAGGGACACUACAGGUUCGAAGGCGCCGCGUUCCCAUCGGUCGCGGAACUGAUCGCGUGGCAGCGCACCAGCGGCGUGCCCGUGACGGCGCGCUCGGGGGCGCUGCUGCGGCGCGCCGUGCCGCGCGAGACCUGGGAGCUGAACAACGACCGCGUGCAGCUGCUGGACAAGAUCGGCCGGGGUAACUUCGGUGACGUAUACAAGGCGCGCCUGCUGCCCACAGGGCAGGAGGUGGCGGUGAAGACGUGCCGCGUGGCGUUGCCGGAGGACCAGAAGCGCACAUUUCUGCAGGAGGGCCGCAUCCUUAAGCAGUACUCGCACCCCAACAUUGUGCGCCUCAUUGGCAUUGCGGUGCAAAAACAACCAAUUAUGAUAGUCAUGGAACUCGUGCCGGGUGGAUCUCUCUUAACCUUCCUACGGACAAGGUCGUCGAACCUCACAUCCCGAACUCUGUUAGCGAUGUGUAGAGACGCUGCAGCGGGAAUGAGAUACUUGGAAUCUAAGAACUGCAUACAUCGCGACCUCGCAGCCAGGAACUGUCUUGUUGGAGAUGAUAAUAUCGUGAAGAUAUCGGACUUCGGCAUGUCUAGGGAAGAGGAAGAGUACAUCGUAUCAGGUGGCAUGAAGCAGAUACCCAUAAAGUGGACCGCUCCAGAGGCUCUAAAUUUCGGUAAGUAUACGUCCCUGUGCGACGUGUGGAGCUACGGCGUGCUCAUGUGGGAGAUCUUCUCCAAGGGCGACACUCCGUACGCUGGCAUGAGCAACUCUCGCGCCAGGGAAAAGAUUGAUAACGGAUACCGCAUGCCGGCGCCCGAAGGCUGUAUCGAGGAUGUGUAUGCACUCAUGUUGCGUUGUUGGGAGUACGAGCCCGAGAAGCGACCGCACUUUCACCAAAUAUAUACCAUUAUUGACAACAUUUACAACAGAUAACAGAUACACAGAUACGCAAGUCACAUUCAAAAUUGCGCCUAACUGACAGAUGUGACUUAAGGGAAUGAGAUAAGCGAAAUAUUUCUUUAAUAUUAAUAUGUACUCAUAUUAUUAUGUAAAAUAAUUUUAUUUUUAGCUA